AAAGUGACUAAAUUAAAAACAUCUCGAUUAAAAUUGACCCUUUGGUAUUUUUAAAUUAAACUGUUUUAUUACCGCCUAGUAGACAACCAAUUCUACUAUGGAUCCAGCACUUCUCCGAGAACGUGAGGCCUUCAAGCGACGGGCCAUGGCUACGCCAUCCGUCGAAAAGAAGGCCCGAACUGAACCAAGUUAUGCUGCUCCGAAAGAUAUCAAGAAACCACGACCAUCCAUCGCUCCACCCAAAAUCGAUGCCAACAAUUACAAAAGCAUGUCCGGAAGUUCACAGUACCGUUUCGGUGUGCUGGCAAAAAUAGUAAAGCAUAUGCGGGCCAGACAUCAGGAGGGGGAGGACCAUCCGUUAACGUUAGAAGACAUCCUGGACGAAACCAACCAGCUGGACAUUGGAUCCAGUGUCAAAAGUUGGCUUCAGAGCGAAGCCCUUCGUAAUAACCCGAAAAUCGAAGUCACCCCAGACGGACGGUACGUGUUUAAGGCUGUCUACCGAAUCAAAGACGGAAAGAGCUUGAUGCGAUUACUCAAGCAGCACGAUCUGAAAGGAUUGGGUGGCGUUCUGCUGGAUGACGUUCAAGAAUCGCUUCCGCACUGUGAAAAGGUGCUUAAAAAUCGCGCGUCGGAGAUUAUUUUUAUCACCCGCCCCAACGAUAAAAAGAAAGUAUUGUUUUACAACGAUCGGACAGCAAAUUUCCACAUCGACGAAGACUUCCAAAAGUUGUGGCGAGCGGUAACGGUGGACGCAAUGGAUGACGCCAAAAUCGACGAGUACCUGGAGAAGCAGGGCAUCCGAUCCAUGCAGGAUCACGGUCCAAAGAAACCAAUCAUUCCGAAACGGAAGAAGACGCAGUCCAAAAAGAGGCAGUUCAAGAAGCCCCGCGACAACGAACAUUUGGCCGAUGUACUGGAAACGUACGAGGACAACACGCUGACGCAGUCCAAUUCGGUUCAGGAGAUCAAGCAAGGAAAUUGAUGCCACUAAGUGGAGGACGGCUGUGCUUUUUUGAUUUCAAAAACUUGAAAA